AUGGCCAUUUGGCCUUUUAAAUUGGUUCUAUUGGGUGAAACUGCAGUUGGCAAAUCAAGUAUCGCCCUUCGAUUCGUGAAGUCCCAAUUCAAGGAGUACCAGGAGGCCACCAUUGGCGCCGCAUACCUCACACAAUCCAUCGUCGUUGGUGACCCCCAAGUUACAGUCAAGUUUGAGAUAUGGGAUACUGCUGGUCAGGAGCGCUACCAUAGCCUGGCGCCGAUGUACUAUUGCGGCGCAGAUGCGGCUGUCGUGGCCUACGACAUCACUAACCUCCACAGCUUCGAGCGAGCCAAAUCCUGGAUCGAGGAGAUUCGCGAACGCUCUCCCGGCGUCAAGGUGAUUGCCCUCGCCGGCAACAAGUCCGACCUUUGUGAACAGCGCGUAGUUUCUGAGCAUGACGCCCAGAUGUAUGCACAAGAGAACGGACUGUUAUUCAUGGAAACCUCGGCAAAGUUGGCAACCAACAUCAUGGAGUUAUUCAAACGCAUUGGUAACAGAAUGGCCACUCGACCUUUCAAGUUAGUACUUUUGGGUGAAUCUGCAGUUGGCAAGUCAAGCAUCGCCCUUCGGUUUGUGAAGUCCCAAUUUCAGGAGUACCAGGAGGCCACUAUUGGGGCCGCAUACCUCACACAGUCCAUCGUUGUUGGUGACCCUCAAGUCACAAUUAAGUUUGAGAUAUGGGAUACUGCUGGUCAGGAGCGCUACCACAGCCUCGCGCCGAUGUACUAUCGCGGAGCAGACGUCGCCGUGGUGGUCUACGACAUCACCAACGUCGAGAGCUUCGAACGCGCCAGGAAGUGGGUUGACGAGAUUCGCGAACGGUCUCAGUGCGUCAAGGUGAUCGCCCUAGCCGGCAACAAGUCCGACCUCCAUCAACAGCGCGCGGUCUCGGAGCAUGAUGCGCAGAAGUACGCGCAGGAGAACGGGCUGUUGUUCAUGGAGACCUCGGCAAAGCUGUCAACCAACAUCAUGGAAUUCUUCAAGCUCAUCGGUGAGUCCUUUCUGCGCGCACCGAGUCUCUUUCCCUCAUCGAGCCGCCCUCCGCCAACACCGGUGGCACGCGAAUCGGCACCACCCCGGACAACGCGGCAAGGGGCUCGCAGAAGUGCUGCAACUAGCUGUCCUGCGAAUCGGCCGGACAAGAACCGAGUCUCCGUCUGCUGCGUCGUGUCUUCUUAUCUCAUCUCAAUUGGCACCUCCAUCGAUUAUCAUCGUCGACCCUCUCCCCCUAGUCGCCCCCCCCUCCUUCGCUCUCCCAUUGUACAUUAA